AUGUCUACUACACAGGAAGAAAAAUCUUGCGCUGUAUUUCAACAUUUUCGUUUUCGAAAAGUUCAUGAAAAUAAAGAUUCAACUGUUUUAUUUAAAUGUACAAUAAACAAACGUUCAGCAUACAUAACAAUUGAUCUCAACUACAAUGUUAUUCGUACAAGUGUGUUCAUAAAACCAUAUGUUAAGAUUGAUGAAGAAACUAAAAAUGUUAUUCGUGGCAUGAAACGUAAAAUUGAAGAAGAUCCUGGUCAUUCAGUACCACAAGUCCUGUUGAUAAUAUGA